CGCGCGCAGGUCCUCGGCUCCACCUCGCGCGGCGGGUGCGUGUCCCUCCGCUCUGCUGUCUGUUCUCAAGGUUAUCUGCAGCAGAAAGCUGGCUCGUGGAUCUUAUGGGGUUUGUGAUAGGCGCGCUGUGUCUGCUGGCGCUGGUCGGAGUGCACGGCCGGCCGGCGCUCUCACCCCUCAGCAAUGCAAAGGUGGAGUGCAUCGUCCAGGAGACGCUGGCGGACGGCGGCUCUCAGGGCGGCUGUGGAGCGCAGCUAGCAGAUGAGCUCGAUGAUGCGCAAAUACACCAGGGUUUGCUGCGGGAGCUGCAGAAGCUGGCGGACCACGAGCGAGAAGAUGAGACGGAGCGAUAUGAGUCCAAUCUGGCUGAGAACCAGCAGAGGGACGAGGAGGAGUGGGCGGAGGAAGAUGACACAAAGGAGAAGAUGAUGGAGGAGCCCAGUGUGGACGACAGAGGGAGCGAUGAUGAAGAGGAAAGAGCCAAGGAGCUGGAAGAGCUGCUGGCGGAGGAAAUCACAAAAAAGGAGAAGGAGGAGAAGAACGACGAGGAGCUGGAAGAGCUGCUCAAGGAGUUGAAGAAGAAGCGCUACGAAGCCGUGAAGGAGAGGGAGAACCAGAAGAGCGCAGGCAGCGAGCAGAAGGUGGAGAAGAACAGUGAGCCGGAGGUCAAAGAGGAAAAGAGAGAGACUCCGGAGGAAGUGGAAAAGCAGAGAGUAGAGGAGAGAAGGAAGAGUGAGGUGGAGUUGAUGAUGGAGAAGGAGAAGGUGGAGAAGGAGUUGAAAGAUCUCCUCGAGGAGCAAGACAGCCAAAACAAGGUGGAGAAGGAGCAGGAGAGGAAGGAGAAGCAGGAAGAGCUGGAGGAACUGGUGAGGAAGAUGAAGCAGGUGAAGGAGCAAGGUCCAGGAAACGGGGGCUCAACUCCUGCCGAGCCAGAGGAGAAGACGGAGGGGAACAGAGGUGAGAAAGAAGAAGAGGAGGCGGAGAAGAAGGAAGGCCGAGAGGUGGAAGUGAAGGAGCCGCAGCAGAAGAGGGUGAUGGAGAAGGCCAGCGAUGAAGCCACUCGCCAGUUCGAGCGCGAGCGGUACGAGCAGGAGGACGGGGACGAGGAGGAGGAAGAUGAGUAUGUCAAGGAAGAUGACGACGAGGAGGAGGACGGAGGUGUGGAGGAGGACGAGGGAGAGGAGCUGCUGGAGAUCGAGGCCGAGCUGCGCAAAGUGGCCGCCGAGCUCCGAGAGCUGCGCCGCGGAUAAGACCGAGACAGUGGAGCACGUGACCGUGGGUCGCUCUCAUGACCAAACGUGUACAUACUGCUGAGUCAUGGUGUGGUCACGUGCCACCGAGGCCAAGCGUUCAGCACUUUCAUGAAAAUGUCAAUCAUUCGAUCGUCACGUUUUGUCCUCAAAAGAAUAGAGGCGCGUGGCUCUAAAGCAUCUGGAAUAUAGCUCAUGUCAAGUCAUAUCUUUGUGCAAUAACCAACGACUGUGCGUGACUGUUAUGUAUAAGCAACAUUUCUACACGUCUCUGUUGCGUUCUGACGGAGGACUGUCUUUCAUUUGGCUCAUGCACUGUUAAACCCAGACUGUUUGUGGAGCUCCGGGUGUCCACCCCGGAUUCAGCUUUGCACUCUCAAGCCACGACGGGAGAAACCCUGAAGCCAUUCACCUGUAUGAAUAACUGCUCAGUGCUGUGCGUCUUAGCGGUCGCUGCUUGUCAUUCGUGUAGUGAGUCGACGGUCACCCGGUAACUGCGGCGGCAGCGCCCCCUGCUGGCUAGGAGCGCACACGGUUUCAAACAAACAGGGUGACCAACUAAGUGUAAAUGCAAUAACAUAUGAAUGCAAUAAAUAGCCAAGUAAUUCAAGUGUUUAAUUUUUGAAUAGUAAACGUGAUGCUUUUCUACACAGCCGAGAUUCAUGACUGGUUUCUAGUGCAGUCAGUACCGAACAGAUUGUUGACGUCUAUUCCAAAGAUGAUCUCUCUCUCUUUUUUUUUUUUUUUUUUUUUUUAAUUAGAAAUGUAUCUUACAAACCAGCAAGAAUGACGUAGAACAUGUCAGGGAGGCAACGGGACGGAACAGGAGACACUUCAAACAACAGGGGGCGAUGUUUGUGGGCGGGUCAGUGGUGUUUCUUCGUGCCUGCUGUAUCUUCUAUCCGAGCCGUCACUCAAUAAAAUCAGAAAAUGUGUGAA